UUCCAACCGUCCGCGAACACACCCUUUUUGACCUAUGAAGGAUCCGUAAAAUCUCGCGAUAGGCUCAGCUCGCGAGCAAACUGUCAUGGCCGCGCCUAUCUACAAUCACAGGCUUCUACUCUAAGGAAAACGACGGCAGGCAUGAGUUUUUUUCCAUACGUAGAAGCGACGUGUGUGUCAUCUUGAUAACUUUAAAGUCUUUUGAAAGUAUUUCAGUAACUAGAAGAUGAAUAACAGAACAGGUUCCUUUUUAUGGAACCUCAGACAACUCAGUACUUUAGUUCCAACAGGCAGAACUGUGAGACUGUAUCCUUUGGCUUUUUGCAGACCAAAUAUUGCUUAUUCAAACUGGAACCGAAGAAACCUCUUAAAUACCUUUGAUAAUAAAAUGCAAUCAUCUGUUAGAUAUCUCUUUCAGGAUGCUUUAAUUUUUAAAUCAGGAGGUGAUGGCUGUCAAACAAAGGGCAUAAGCACAGUAACAGUCUUUACAGUUGACAAACUACUUUGUCCUAGAAGACUGUCCUUGGAUUCAAAACACUUUCUUGCCUCUGAUAAUGAACUGAAGAAAAGCUUUCAUCAGGAGGCCUCUGAUGAAGAUGUUCUCACCAAGAGAAGAAAACCAACCCUGAUCAACAGUAGAAAACUGUCUCAGGAGUGUAAUUCCCUGAGUGAUGUGUUAGACAUAUUUUCAAAAGCACCUACAUUUCCUAGUAGUAACUAUUUCUCAGCCAUGUGGACAGUUGCCAAACGGAUGUCCGAGGACCAGAAGCGCUUUGAAAAACAAUUGAUGUUUAACCACCCUGCGUUUAGCCAGCUGUGUGAACAAGUUAUGAGAGAAGCCAAGAUCAUGUAUUUCGACAACCUGCUGUUUAGUCUUCAUGCUAUAGUGAAGCUUGGGAUUCCUCAGAACACACUGCUCGUACAGACUUUGCUGAGGGUGGUCCAGGAACGUAUCAAUGAGUGUGAUGAGAAAUGUCUUUCAGUUUUGUCAACUAUCUUAAACACAAUGGAGCCAUGCAAGAAUGUGGAUGUUCUUCUGGCAGGAAUGCGGAUGCUAGUUGAUGAGCAAGUUUGGAAAAUAAAACAUGUCUUCACAUUACAAACUGUAAUGAGAAGUAUUGGAAAAGAUGCUCCGAUUGGUCUUAAAAGGAAAUUGGAGAUGAAAGCCUUGAAAGAAUUAGACCAAUUUUCUGUUUUGAAUUGCCAGCACAUGUUUGCGGUACUGGCCGCCAUGAAUCACCGUUCUGUUAUCCUUCUGAAUGAGUGCAGUAAGAGAGUCACAAGUAACAUCCAUGGGUGUCCUUUUAAAAUAUUGAUCAACAUAUUGCAGUCUUGCAGGGACCUCCAGUAUAUUAAUAUAGACCUUUUUAAAGGAAUAGCGGAUUAUGUGGCUACAACCUUUGACAUCUGGAAGCUGAAAAAAGUUCUUUUUCUCCUCAUUUUAUUUGAAAACUUUGGCUUUCGACCUGUUGGUUUGAUGGACUUGUUUAUAAAGAAAGCAGCAGAUGAAUCUGGCUUCUUAAAUGUGAAAAGCCUUGUCUGUAUUCUUAAUGUAUAUUCUUCUCUCAAUCACUUCUACAAAUGCCAGACCCACGAGUUCCUAGGAGUUAUGGCCAGUGCUCUGACUGGUAGUCUUCACCACAUAUCUUCUGAAAACCUGUUAAAUGCAGUGUGUUCAUUUUGCUGGAUGAACCAUUUUCCCCUGGCCCUCAUUAAUCAGCUUCUUCAAAAGGACGUCAUUGAUGAUCUGCUGACGUCAGGUGACGUGGAGAGGAAUGCUCACAGGCUGCAUGUUGUGGCUGCUUGUCUAAAGCUCGAUGACGCUCCUCGUCACAAGGACCUGGACUUGGCGCUGCCGCGGUUGCCCCCCGCACCCUCAUAUCCUCAACCAAAGGUUGCCGCAGCGCUGAGUGACCUUCUGGGAGAAGGACACUUCUCUCAAAGUGUACGGUUGCCGCACAAUUAUUUUAUCGAUUUUGAAAUCAGAAUGGAUAAUAACCGGAGCCAAGUGCUUCCAUUUUCCGAUGUGGAUGUGGUGACUGCUACAGAUAUUCAGAGAGUAGCUGUACUCUGUGUUCCUAAAUCUGCCUACUGUUUGGAUUCAACCCACCCCAAAGGAUACCUUGCUAUGAAAAUGCGGCAUUUGAAAAUAAUGGGUUUUCAUGUAAUCGUGGUCAAUAAUUGGGAGGUGGAAAAACUACAGAUGAAGGAUGCAGUCACGUUUUUGAAGACUAAAAUCUAUUCACCCAAAGCACUGUCUGCUGCUGAUACACAUUUGCAAAGCACAUGUUAAAGUAAAAAGCAACCUUUUAAUGUUUUGAGACCUGAAUUUGUAAAAAUAACUUUAAUAAAGACUGUAAUUCAGUUGUUGAUGUAAUUUACGUGACUGCUCACCAUAAUACGAAGUGUUAUUUCAGUUCACUGUUAAAAUUAGUGUUAAGAAUGAAAGAAAUGUUGUUACUGGCACUUUAGAAUAUGCUGAGAAAAUUCCAGAAGGGUCAUCUUUGCAGUAGUACCUAUUCUUUCCAGUAUGCAGAUACCCUACAGAUUCAUGAGCUGUAGAUUUUACUGUUUCUCAUUAGAUGCAUUUGAAACUCAUCUGAUGCAUUUGCAUUCUCAUAGAUGCAUUUGCAUCUCAUUUGAUGCAUUAGAAACUGAUUUCUUGGCUGUGAUGGGUUGCAGGUAGUUUGGUGUGGGCAGUCCUCAGCUUGGAGUCUAAGCUAUUUUAGGACUUAGUUGUGGACAGCAUUUUCAAGCACUGACCACAAAGCGAUUGGACUAGGUUCUCAAGUUAAAAAUGUAUACAAAUUAAGGAGGUGGCAUGUUAAAAAUGAGUGAGUAUCGGGCAUCUGCAGUUGUAACAAGCAUUCUAGGUGAAAGUAGUUUGUGGACCAACCUAAGAGAAACAGAGAUGAGAUAACACAGAGAUGGCAAGGAGUCCAAAUUCCUUAAGACUGAUAGGCUGUGGGUUGCCUCUUUUUUGAGGUCAUUCCUUUCUCCCUCUUCCCCACUGCGUUCACCAUUUCACAAAGUCUUUUUAACUAAAUAUAUAUAGCUGAACUCUUGUGAGCCAGACUUGGGGGCUAUUUUUCAGUUAUGUGUGUAAUUCUUUUGUGGAAAUACUUGUUCACGUUUGUCGUAUGCCUGUCUGUCUAAUAUUUGACUUGCUGGUAUAGCAGGUUUGACUUGCUUGAUAUAGCAGGUUUUACCAUGUGUAUGUUGGUAUUAUUUUACCCCCAUGCAAAAGCCUGAAUGUGAGGUGAGUGUGUGGUGAGGCCCCACCCUCUCACCAUCCCUGAAAUUCAUUUAUUGAAACCUAACCCCCAGUGUGAUAGUAUUUGGAGGUAGAGCUUUGGGAGAUGGCUAGAUCAUGAGGGUGGAGGUCUCAUGAAUUGAAUUAGUUCUCUUCUGAAAGAGACCUCAGAGAGCUCCCUAUCACUUUUCCUUGUGAAGUCAGUGAGAAGAUGACCAUCUGUGAACCAGGAAAGGGGCCCUCACCAGACACAGAAUCUGCCAAAGCCUUGAUCUUGGACUUCCAAACCUCUCCCACAGUUAUUUGUGAGAAAUACAUUUCUGUUGUUUAUAAGCUACUUAGUCUAUGGCAUUCUGUUAAUGUCAGCUGGGAUGGACUGAGAUACUCCAAAUACACAGACGUGCAAUUACUGAACAUCUUACUCUCUGCCGGGCACUGCUAAGUAUUUGGGUAUAUUUCUCCAUUAACUGCUUGACGUGUGAAGUCGCUCAGUUGUGUCCGACUCUUUGCGACCCCAUGGAGUGUAGCCUACCAGGCUCCUCCGUCCAUGGGAUUUUCCAGGCAAUAGUACUGGAGUGGGUUGCCAUUUCCUUGGGACCCUUAUUUCCUCUUAUCUAAUAAGAGGAUAAAUUAUUUAUAAAGGCUAUAUAAAUAGGAUAGGGCUGGAAUUUGAACCUGAGCUCAUAUGGACUUACAAGAAAAGUAGUUGAGAAACCCCAAGUUGGCAAUAAAAAGCCUCUAGCAAUAUGACUGCAUCUGUCACAGGUUUUAGCAGCUUAUCCUCCCUGCAUUUAGAAAAGGUUAGAGCUGAAAGGAAACACAUCAAUCAUUUAAUCCACCUCCCUCAUUUUAUGGAUGAGGAAGUAAAGGUUCAAGAAUUUGAUUUUUCUGGAGUUUCAGCCACAUCAUUGAUUUCCACGUUAUUUCCUUUUCUGCUGCUCUGCAGCUUGUGUAUCAGGAAAUCUGGACUUUUAUUCCAGAUUGGACAUCGUCUAGUUUUAUGUACUUGACCAAGUGAUUUAAUCUUAUAAGCUUCAGAACAAGAGUUGAAAAUACUCUUAUUAGGGAACUAACAUUUUCAUUCUUUAAAUAGUAAAUACAUAUGUAAGUUUUUUCUAAUGGCUAAUUAUGACUCAUUUUCAAAGGAUUGGACAAAUUUAUCGAUUCUUUGGAGGAACCAGCAUUGCUCUUUCACUGGUAUUACUGGUAUUAGCAUUCUUCUUUGCUGUAUAGUCUAAAAAAAAUCUUGUGAGACUGAAGGUAUAGAGGGAAGGAAAAUAAUUUAAUAGUACAUACGUCUUCUCAGGAUUAAGAUUUACUCUCCACUCCAGGAAAAUAUAUAAAUAUUUUCCUUUUCUGGUAUUUAUUCAGUUGAUUGAAAAUGAAAACCACUUAACUCAUCUGAUUUCAUGGGCCCAUUUCUCACACAAUUAGGAUCAAUAAAUAAAAGAUGGGAGUUUAUAAAUCUAAAUCCUGACUCUUCCUGAUUAAAUCACAAAAUAUGUUAAUAUUUUAGUUCCAAACUCUAAAGAGGAUAAAGUAAUCUACUUUAUUAACCAACUGAAAGAGUGAAUAUGAAAGAUAUAAAGUUGGAUACAUUUAUGUAUAUGGCUUGCUUCUGAUGCAGCCUUAUGCUAAUAAGUCAGCCACCUUGUGAAGGAAGGCUGUAAUAGAUGUAAAAGAUGUAAAUAGAUGUAAAAGACUGAUUUUUUUUUUAAUGUUUAAUUUUGAGUCCUGACCUUUUUUUUGGUUGUGUUUUGAGCAGUGUUAGGAUUGGCUUUUGUUUUUAUUUUUUGAUUCUUAAACUUUUUUAAUAUGUCCAUUUGUGUUGCAUCACACAAAUGUAAACAUCUAGUCAAGAGAAAAAUAAAGGUGAUAUGUUUAUGACACAUAUCUAAGUAAAGAGCUCCUAUAGUUUGAUAAGAUACACAUUACAAAAGAAAAACGAGUGAGGAGCUGAUCAACAUCAAAAAAUUUCAGUCUGUUCGUAAUCAGAGACAUACACAUUCAAACAAAUGAGAGGUUUUGCCUUUCUAAAUUAGCACCGUGUGUUUUUUUCCUUUUAAGAAUCAUAGUGGUGACAGGUAAUGAGGCAGGCACUUGCGUAUGCUGCUGGUAGAAUGUAAAUUAAUACAAUCUUUCUGGAAUGCAUUUUGUGACUUUUCCCCCUGUACUUUAAAAAAUAGCUUUAUGGAAGUAUAAUUGACAAACAGCAAACUGCAUAUAUUUAAAGUGCCCAAUCUGUUGUUUUAACAGAUUUCACAUAUAUAUAAAAUAUCCAUGAAAAUGCCACCACAAUCAAGGUAGUGAACAGCCACCAUCCCCGAAAGUUUCCUCCCUUUUUGCCUUUCCUUUUGUUCCCUGGAAACCAGUGACGGGCUUUCCACCACCAUGGAAUGCUCUAUUGUCUUGAAACCAUUGAUACCUAUUGACAUUGACUAGGAGUUAGAUUUUUAAUUGUCUUUGUGACUUACGCACCCUUAGUAUACACAUGAUAAAUAUUUGUAUUAUUCCCACACUGUAUGUAAGGAUUCUUACCACUCCAUUGAUUUCAUAUUUUACUGCAUAUAGCCUAACACCGGGAAGUACUUAAGCGUUCCUCAUUAAUGGAAUAUAUAUCUUCUAAGCCCUUGCUACUCAGAAUGUGGUCCACAGAUUAGCAGGAUCAGCAUCUUCUGGGAGGUUGUUAGGAAUGCAGACUCUUGGAACCCAUCUCAGACCUACUGAACAGGAACCUGUAUUUUUACAAUAUCCCAAGUGAUUUGUAUGCUCAUGAAAAUGCGGGAAGCGCUGUUCUAAGACAUCAUUUUAAUAUUUGUAAAAUAUCUAGAUAUACCAUAAUUUACUUAAUGAUGUGGAGAAAACUUUACACUUUUAUUAAAUGGGAAAACAAACACUUGAUUCUAUAUGUAGAGGAUUCAAAUUUUGUUUUCCUGUUUUUUUUUUCCAAAUUUUGUUUUCCUGUUUUUUUUCCAAAUUUUGUUUUAAAUAAUGGCAAGAGGUGUAUAAAAAUGUAGAAAGUGGUAUUUC